AGACGGGCGCCGAGUGCCGCUCAUUCUUGCACGAGUCUUUCACGAGUCCGUACGCAUCGUGUAUUUGGCGUGGCACAUACGAAUUCCCCUCCCCCCGACCCUCCGCCGACGAGUCACGAGAGAUAAACAACAGCGAGAAUCGAUACGAGUUUGCUUGAUUGAGGGUGUAGCGAUCGAGGUCCCUGUGGCGGUCCCUUAAAGGAAUAUAAUUUACGCGAGGCAUUUUUUUAUUCCUUGGUGAGUUUUGUUAGAAGACGAGAUAAGUGCGCGACAAAACAGCACACAAGCAGCCACACAACAAGCAGCCACACAAUAAACAGCCACACAACAAUCACACGAUCGCACACGGAUUUAAGAGAGAAGCCGAAAGGAGAAAAAUGGCGGACAGCGGUAUCAAGCGCAACAUUCCCAUUAAGCUCGGUGACUUCAGCGUUAUCGACACCGAAUUUUCCAACAUCCGCGAGCGAUUCGACGCCGAGAUGAAGAAAAUGGAGGAAGAGAUGUCGCGCUUCCGCAGCGAGCUCAUGAACCGCGAGAGCAAUUUCUUCAAGAGCACCACCAGCCGGCAUCACACGAGCAGCAGCGAGCACCGGACAUCCACCACCUCCAAGACGGAGGGUUGGGACAGUAGUAGCAAGCCCGAGGCAUCAGGGGUGCCCCCGAUGAGAUCUGCCUUCGACAGCUUCAAAAGCACGACGACACAGCAGCAGACGAGCCAGAACAGCUCGCUCAGUCCCCAGCAUGACUCCAGCACUUGGCUGGACGGUCUCAACAGUCCUCUAAUCCAGGACGAAGGUGACAACAAGAAGCUCAAGCUCAGAUUCGACGUGUCGCAGUACACGCCCGAGGAGAUCGUCGUCAAGACCGUUGACAAUAAGCUUCUGGUUCAUGCCAAGCACGAGGAAAAGUCUGACACAAAGUCAGUUUACAGAGAGUACAACCGCGAAUUACUGCUGCCGACGGGGCCGAAUACCGAAACUAUAAAGAUGGAGUACUGACUGUUGAGGCACCGCUUCCGGCUCUUGGACAAGGCGAGAAGUUGAUUCCGAUUGCGCAUCACUAAGACGACUAAAGCGAACUUAUCCGUCGAUCCGUAAAAUUGCAAAAAUACAAAAAAACCAUCGAACGUUAGGUUCCCCUCCUUUUUUUUUAUUU